CACUUACUCACAUCUAGAGAUACAAAGUUGUCUCUCUAAUCUAGCUGCUCGAUAACUCACCAAACUAUCGGAUCUCAAUGGAGAAAUCAGAUAGACGAAAGGAAGAAGAAACUUAUCUAUGGAUUCCAUUACAAUUUCUCGACCAAACUCUCAUAGCUGUCUUGAAAUGUCUUGGUCUUCUUUGCCCGACGGCGAAGAAAACGGCGUCGCCUCCUGUGAUUCUUAACCAGCCGGAGGAACAAGAGGAAGACGAUGGUGUUGCCAUGAAAGACGAUGAUGUCGUUUUGUCGUCGAGUAGAGGCAAGAAGGCCAAAGCAAAGAAAAGGGAUAAAGAAAAGCCUAGUUCAGGUCGUCCUGGCCAAACUAAUAUCUCAAUGGAGAAAUCAGAUAGACGAAGCGAAGAAGAAAGUUACCUAUGGAUUCCUCUUCAGUAUCUCGACCAAACUCUCAAAGCUAUCUUGAAAUGCCUUGGUCUUUUUCAUCAAGAUUCUCCGACAACGUCGUCUCCGGGAACUUCAAACCAGCCGGAGGAGGAAGAAGAAGAUGUUACUAUGGAAGAGGAGGAGGUCGUUGUAACGUCAAGGGGCAUUAAAAACGGCGUCGUUGUGGCGAGUAGAGCCACAAAGGUCAAGGCAAAGACAAGGGGGAAGGAGAGAGUUAGCUCAGGCCGUCCUGGCCAACAUAAUUAGCACUUUAAAUUACAUUUUUUAGUUCAAUUAUUUGGAGUCAAAUAAUGCUAAAUUUAAUAU